UGCAAAAAUCAGCUAGGCAUUACAUGUCUAAAGGAGUUGCUCCUUCAACUUUUAAAGCUUACACUUCAGCUUGGUCUUCUUUUCUAAUGUUUUGCUACUCCUUUCAGAUACCUUUAUUUCCUAUUCUGGUUACCACGGUUUGCUCGUUCCUUGUUUUUAAUUUCGAAAAUCGCAAUUUAAAAAUUUCCUCAAUUCGCAGAUUGCUCGCUGGGAUUCAAUUUUAUGCUAAAUAUUUUAAUCCCGAUUUUCCAAGUCUCUUCACUGAUUCUUCCGUUAGAUUACUGCUCAAAGGCUUCGCUAAAUCCUCUACGAAUUCCCCCGACAAAAGGUUGCCUUUUUCUUUGCCUCUGUUGCAAAGAUUAAUCCUUUCCCUACGCAAUGGCCUUUUUUCCAUAUACUCCAAUAUUCUGCUAGAAGCAGUGUUCUUAACUGCUUUCUAUGGAUUUAUGCGCCCAGGCGAAUUCACUUCAGCAUCUAAACGUUUUGAUCCUGUCCGUGGUCUCUGUCUCUCUGACUUACAUUUCUCUCCUAACUUCUUUACACUUUUUCUUAAACACUCUAAAAAUGACUCUUCUGGUUCUGGUGUUUCCAUAACAAUAUCCAAAAUAAGCAAUAAUUUCUGUCCCUUCACAUCUAUGAUUAGAUUCCUCAAAAUUCGCCCUAGAUCCUCAGAUCACUCACCUCUAUUCUCACUCUCUAACGGAGCUCCUCUUUCUAAAACCUGGUUCAGAUCUCAUCUAGUUUCUGUCCUUAAAAACUGUAGCCUAUCCCCUUCCCUGUAUACUGGACACUCAUUUAGGAUAGGAGCAGCUACUACAGCAGCCGAACGCGGCGUUCCUACAACAGCUAUUAAGAUUCUGGGAAGAUGGUCUUCCUCCGCUUUUGAGUCUUACAUAAGACCUGACCUUAAGACCAUCCUCGAAGCUCAGCAAGCUCUGCAAUAAUAAUUCAGGUACGUCAAGAUAGACAGCCGGCAAGUAUAUUAAUUUUCCAUUUCUGGGGGUAGGCUCCAUUCCAAUAGAAUUAUUCUUCCACUAGUUUUUGGGGGUCGGCUGCGCCCCUGCCUUCAUCUUCAGGCAGGAAAUACUGAAUCCGUACCCUCGGACAGCUAUUUACGAAUGGGGCCUACGCCAAAUACAAACAUACAGCUUGCUGGGUCAUAAAUAAAUGUAUGAAUUGUUUCAAUAUCUUCUCCGAGUCUUUCUGGUAGAAAUGGAAGCUUUAGCAUAAGUUCUGCCAGGAAGACUCAAUUGUUAGCGUCACCUAUUACCUUUUCAAUCGUCCAAUCACGUUCUAAUAAUAGAAGUAUAAAAGAACCUGUGCUUACACUUGUCUGAGUUUGCAGAUGCUGAACACGUCACUCGCCACCACCCACCCCUCCACCACCAAGAUUGGCUCCUCCCUCAACAAUAACAAGCAUCUUCCCUCCAUCUCCCUUACCACCACAGGAUGUUCUUCCCCUCCAACCAUACCACCACCACCAGGAUGGUCCCUCCUAAAACGUCACGGGGGUCGGCUGCGCCCCUGCCUUCAUCUUCAGGCAGGAAAUACUGAAUCCGUACCCUCGGACAGCUAUUUACGAAUGGGGCCUACGCCAAAUACAAACAUACAGCUUGCUGGGUCAUAAAUAAAUGUAUGAAUUGUUUCAA